UUACGGAUCCGUACAUGCACAACGUUAGUCUAACCUUGCAGGGGACUAGUCUAGUCCGGACACACAGUAUUAACCUAGUACAUGGUAGAUUGCAAGUAAGCGAUGGGGGUCCUCUCCUGGGCUCGAGCGCCAAUUUUCACGGGUCUUCUCCCCCUCCUUGGCUGGCAGGUUGGGCCUAAGUCAGUAGGGUCAGGUCAGUCCCUCCAUCUCAUACCAAAAUUUCAGAAAACAACCCCGCCAUCAGUCAAUUCUUCCGUUGCCCAUCAACGACUUCAAUUUCUCUGCCCAGUUCAUAAAAGCCCAUUUCGAUAUCCUGUGAAACUUUCUCUUCUCGUUUCCCACAUAAUCAAUCACCAUGGGUUUCACCGACGUUCUCACUGAUGCCGGCUUGGCCGUGCUCAACAACUGGCUCCAGACCCGAUCAUACAUCGUCGCCGCUCCUGCCUACGCUCCCACCCAGGCCGAUGUCCAGACCUUCAAGGCCCUGAAGUCCUCCCCAGACGCCACCAAGUACCCCCACGCUGCCCGCUGGUACAAGCACAUCGCUACCUUCGAGGAUGAGUUCGCCACUCUCUCUGGCGAUGCCUCCAAGCCCUACACCACAUAUGGCCCUGAUGUCGCCGAGGUUACCUUGAACCCCGCCAAGGCCCCCGAGAAGGCUGAGGAGGAGGAGGACGAUGCCGAGGGUCUCUUCGACAGUGACUCCGAGGAGGAGGAUGCCGAGGCUGUCAAGGCCCGCGAGGAGCGCCUGAAGGCCUACAGAGAGAAGAAGGCUGCCAAGCCCAAGACCAUUGCCAAGUCCAUUGUCACCCUCGACGUCAAGCCCUGGGAUGAUGAGACCGACAUGAAGGCUCUUGAGGCCGCCGUCCGCAGCAUCGAGAAGGACGGUCUGGUUUGGGGUGGCUCUCAAUUGAUUGCCGUCGGUUUCGGUAUCAAGAAGCUGCAGAUCAACUUGGUCGUCGAGGACGAGAAGGUCUCCAUCGACGAGCUUUCCGAGCAGAUCACCGAGUUCGAGGACUACGUCCAGUCCGUUGACACUGCUGCCAUGCAGAAGCUGUAAGAGGCUUCGCACUGGAGUCGGGAUGACACUUAAAAAAAAAUCUUAAAUAUGCCAUGAUGAAUGACUCGAGAGACACGAACCCUGGUUGAUUGAUGAUCAAUGACGGGCGUGUAAUGACGUGAUGUGUGGUGGGCAUCAAAAGAGAUAUUCGGCGAUAGUUCACCAAUAACCCAUAGACUACUCUGAGCCAAAUCAAGAAAGAUGCUCAAGUCCAGACUUAAACCUUCCAAGUCUUC